UCAUUUGUCAGUCACAUGCAAGUUAAAGUCAUUUAAAAUAUUUGUAAUUUUAUAAUAAUAUUGCAUUAUCACGGCAAAUAAGCAUUAAUUUUGAAUUCUAUGAAAGAACUUGAUGUUGAAUUAAUAAAACAUCUGUACUAAUAUCAGUUUGUUUCAGCUAUAAUGCAGUCAUUAGGCCGGUUUUGGAGAGCAAAUGUCUGCACUUCAGUUUAAUGCCUAACCUCAUAGAGACAGCAAGCAUAGAAUCAAAGUAGAACCCUUAGAAAUGAGAGUACCUAAAGCCUUGAACCCGAGGAUCCAAAGACGGAUACUGAAACGCUUUGGUGUAUAUAGUAAAGUACUACCAGAGGCUACAACCCCAAGUAGAAUAGUACCUGAUCAUAUUGAAAAACCAAAAUAUAUAUUAAUAGCUGAGAAAUUAGAGGUGCCUAAAGUACCUGAAAUAAAAAAUGCUGACCAAAUUAGAGGCAUGCAAAUAAGCUGCAAGCUAGCAGCUAACAUAUUACAGAGACUGGGACAAUUCAUACAGCCGGGAGUGACAACGGAUGAAAUUGAUGAAUUGGCCCACAAUAUGUCUAUUGACGCUGGAGCUUAUCCAUCACCAUUACAUUACAAUGGUUUCCCAAAGAGUGUGUGUACAUCUGUCAACAAUGUUGUUGUCCAUGGUAUACCCGAUCUGAGGCCACUAGAGAACGGAGAUAUUGUUAAUGUGGACAUAACAGUAUUUUACAAAGGCUUUCAUGGAGAUUGCUCAAAGACUUUCCUUGUUGGUGAUGUGGAUGAUAGAGGCUUACAACUUGUGCAAGUUACUGAGGACUGUUUAGACCUUGCUAUAAAAUGGUGUGGUCCAGGUGUGCCAUUUUCACAAAUCGGUCACAGAAUAUACAAACAUGCAAAAAAAUAUGGCCUAACUGUAAUUCCUUCUGUACUUGGUCAUGGGAUUGGGGAGUAUUUCCAUGGCCCUCCCGAAGUCCACCACACAAUUAACAAGUACCCAGGGUUUAUGCAACCAGGUAUGGUGUUCACUAUUGAGCCUGCGAUAUCACAUGGUAGUGAACAUACAGUACUACUGGAAGAUGGCUGGACGUUAUUGACGGAGGAUGGCUCUCGAUGUGCUCAAGCAGAACAUACAGUUUUAAUUACUGAAAAUGGAGCUGAGAUAUUGACCAAAUAAAAAUACGCUGCAGCAGGGUGGCCAACUUGAUUAGAUAAGAUUUACUGGUUACCAAAAUCAACUGACCAUUAGGGCCUAUGCACACCACGUUUUUUAAACGCGCCGUCGACGCGCGUUUGUAGCGAUACAGACGCGAUUCGCACGCAAGUCAGGACUGCAGCAGGAUAAAAUCUGCGUGCGCGUUUAAAAAACGUGGUGCGCAUAGGCCCUUAUCCUGUUGGUUACCCUGAACUUAUAUCCUUAGUAUAAUAAUAGAAAUGUGAUAGAUAGCUACAUAAUUAGACAAAUUUUACCAAUCAAUAUAUAGUUACAAUAACUGUGAUAAUUCUCUCUUUGUGUAUUAUAAAAUAAUUUACUGUGUGUGUGAUAGUUAAAGUAUUGGCCUGUUGUAUUACUUGUAUUUAUUUCAUUGUUGUCAUGUUCUGUUGUAAUUGGUUGUUGAGUUUAACUAUGGGUAUCAAUGAAAUAAAAUUUCAAAUAGCGUGUAA